AUGAAGAAGUACAUGUUGGCUGAUCUGAAGCUAGACAUUCAACCUCGCGAGUCGAAAGUUUACAUCCCCUCCUGGCAUCAACACCCUGAUCUCUCGCAGCUGAAGAAGAGCCUUAAGCGCCGUCUCAAGACUCAACUUCUUCACUUCGAGGUCGUCACUGGCGGGAUUACACUUGGCGGCCUGCCUAUCGGCACGGAUGGAUUUCAUGCUAGUCAGCUCCGAGCGAAGGUUUCUACCCUCAACGAAGAGCUCUCGAAGCUCGGGCUCGUCCAGCAUGGCUUCAUGUUCAAGACGCUGGUGAGGGCGAGCCAUCUCCAGAAGCUCCGCUUCUUCCUCCAGGGGUCUUCUCCGUUUCUCCCGCGGGUCCAGUCACAGAUUCGUCGCUUUGACCUCUCUGUCCACCUGGCGCUUGAGAAAUACCACCGCUGCUUCCGCAUAGUCGGGGAGGGGACGAGUUCACGCCCUCUGAGGGUCUACACCCCGCUGUUUACUAUACGGCUAUCGCUCGCUUCCUCGCUUGGACGCCCCCCGGCAUCUGUGGUACACAUCCCUGGUUUGCGCGCUCUCGUCGACUCGUCUCAUGAGCACUUCAUUCCUCCCCCUGCGCAGCGAAAUGUGACCCCUCUUGUCAUGCGCGUCUUCCCUCGCCAUGUGCAUGCUCGCGCUGCGCUGACCGAUCAGCAGCGUGAGUCGCAGGAUAGGGUCUUGCAGUCUACCAUCUUUGCUCAUUUUCCUGAGCGUGACCUGAGCCACUCUCCGAUGCGAGUCUCGAGCUACAACCCCCUCAAGGCCUUCCCGCACCGCUAUGCUCAGAUGCUCGACUGCUAUCUCCAUGGCAUGCCGAUCUGCCAGUGUCCGACGGAAUGUGAUGGAUGUCAGCGCGCACUCGAUCCCUCCGUUGCUGCACAUCAUCUCCAGACCUGCAAACGCCGAUCCUCCAAGCUUCCCACGGCGCAUGACAACCUUACUCGUACGAUUCGGUCGAUGCUGAACGAAGCUGGUCUUCAGAGCGUCAUCGAUACAGUCGGGGAUCCUCGUUCUCGACGGCAGGUACCCUCCCAUCCUCAUGGCCGCAAGAUGAAGGGCGAUAUCCACAUCCCUGGAAUCCGCGAUCGAGGGUCCGAGCAGUACGAGGGCUUGAUGGCGGACGUGACGUUGGUCCACCCUUACAUUGGUAGCUCUGCCGACCUGACCAAGUGGGGGGAGGUCAACCUCGACGCCCUCCAUGUUGCAGCGUCUGAGAAGAUUCGCAAACAUCGCGCUGCAUAUGCUAUGACUACUCCUCCUCGAGCGUUCAUCCCUCUUGCCAUCUCGACGGACGGUACCCUGCAUCCUGACACCCUCCGCUUCAUCUGGUAUCUCGCGGACAUCAAUGCUCAGCACUCGAUGCCUCUUGAGGAUGCGGCGUUUGGUCGGCACUUCGUGCCUGAUGACGGCCCUGCUGCUGAGGUCUUGGCUCGCAAACGCGCCGCCACCUAUCAGCGCCUCACUAUGCAGCUGACGCUGGAGGCGCUCUUGUCUGGGGCGAGGCGCAUGACGCCCUUGCGGGCGCAAGCACUUCUCGAGCCAGAGGACAGCUCCUCCUCGGACUUUGUCGAGUCGCCCGAGGGGGAGUCUUCGCCGGAGGUCUCCGACUCCGAUGGGGGAAACACGUCGAGUGGCGCCGACGAUCGGCGCGGAGCUGGCGAGGCGUCUCCGUCCCUCACUGUGACGUCGGGUGCCUCCGGAGAGCUCGACACCACUGGGGCUGCUUGUCUGCGCGGCUUCGCGCUUGGGCUGGCGAUGCCGCGUCUGGGUGCCAGCAGUGCUGUAAAUCUAUUACAGCAUGGCUUCAUGUUCAAGACGCUGGUGAGGGCGAGCCAUCUCCAGAAGCUGCGCUUCUUCCUCCAGGGACCGGCGAGGCGCAUGACGCCCUUGCGGGCGCAAGCACUUCUCGAGCCAGAGGACAGCUCCUCCUCGGACUUUGUCGAGUCGCCCGAGGAGUCUUCGCCGGAGGUCUCCGACUCCGAUGGGGGAAACACGUGGAGUGGCGCCGACGAUCGGCGCGGAGCUGGCGAGGCGUCUCCGUCCCUCACUGUGACGUCGGGUGCCUCCGGAGAGCUCGACACCACUGGGGUGCUUGCUGCUGGUCCGAGCUCGCCUGCUUCCUCCCCGGCAUCGGUCGGGUCACGCCGGUCCUUGGGCAUUGCCGCGGCGUCGCCGCCGUCACGGGCGGCUACCACUGACUCGGCUACCGCUGACUCGGAGGCUAGCGAGGAGGACUACCUCGAGCGGUACCGUGUUCCUGUGUCCAGCCUCCCUCCGUCCGCUGCCCCAGGCGGACCCCCGGGCAACGCCGGCUCCUUGUCGGCGGCUGCCCUUUCUCCGUCCGCGGCCGCCCGCUUUGUGGCGGCAGCGGACGUCUCGACUGACAGUGGUCAGUCGGCUGCCUCCGGGUAUCGCGUCUAA